AUGGCUGGAGUUUUGUUUGAAGAUAUUUUCAACGUGAAGGAUAUGGAUCCAGAAGGCAAAAAAUUCGAUCGAGUCUCUCGACUACAUUGCGAAUCAGAGUCAUUCAAAAUGGACUUGAUAUUAGAUAUUAACUCGUGGCUAUACCCCAUGGAGUUAGGAGAUAAGUUCCGUUUAGUUUUGGCCACCACGUUGCGCGAGGACGGCUGUCCAGACACCGGUGAAUACAACCCCUUGGAGACGGAAGGCACUAGAGCUGAUAGUUUUGAAUAUGUGAUGUUUGGUAAAACAUAUCGAAUUGAGGGCGACGAAGCACAUAAUGAAGCUUCUUCCAGAUUAUCGGCUUAUGUUUCCUUUGGUGGUUUGCUGAUGCGGUUGCAAGGAGAUGCCAAUAAUUUACAUGGCUUCGAAGUUGAUCAACAAAUGUAUUUAUUAAUGAAAAAGUUAGCUUUCUAAAUAAUUUUUAGUAAUUACUAGUAGUGU